AUGGCAAAACUCCUGAGUGGGGUAGUGGUGGGGAAUUCCCAUCCAUGGGUACCCCCUGCAGUUUCCUCUUCUGAGGGAUUUGAAUUGCUUAUAAAUACCGUCUCUGAGUCAGAGAGCACACAAGACCAUCUCCACCUCCUUCAGCUUUCCCUUUCUGCAGUGCUCCGUCUCAGACUUGGACUGGUAACCAUGAGGCUCUGUGUCUGCUUCAUGUUGAUCUCCAUUGUUCUGUGUGCAAGCGCUGACGGAUUUGGACUGCGCAGAGCUGGACAAUUUGUCCGGGAUGCAGUGGGAGGAACAUGGGAUAUGUACAGAGCAUACCGGGACAUGCGUGAGGCAAAUUAUAUAGGUGCCGACAAAUACUUCCAUGCUCGUGGGAAUUAUGACGCUGCCCGGAGAGGACCUGGUGGUGCCUGGGCAGCAAAAGUGAUCAGUGACGCCCGGGAGGGAUGGCAGGGCAGCGUGAGCGGCAGAGGCGCCGAGGACACCCGGGCGGACCAGGAGGCGAACGAGUGGGGGCGGAGCGGCGGGGACCCGAACCGCUACCGCCCCAAGGGGCUGCCCAGCAAGUACUAGGGCAGUGCCCUCUGCUCCUGUCACACCUCCCUUUGAACAGCCGAAUAAAGAAAUCCAGCUGCAAACCGUC